AUGCGCCAGUGUACAGAGGCCGCAGGCGUGGCGGCAGUCGAAAAUGUUACAAUUGCAAUGACAAUGGCCAUUUUUCGCGUGACUGCGUCAAACCCACGGUCAAUGGCCGCGGCAGAGGCAGAGGCAGCGGCAGAGGCAAUACCAACGGGCGUGAUCGGGAUGACGGCGGCAAGUCGGACACCAGGCCCCGAUCCCGAUCACGCUCAGAAGCGGGCCGAAGACCUCUUGUGGCAGCUAUCAUUAGUGACACGUCUUAUGACGAAGCUGCGCGGCGAUGUACCGCCAAACGGGAAAGAUCCACCAGCACUUACUCACAUUCACAGUCGCGCAGUUCGCGGUCGCGUUCCCGCAGGUCGCGGUCUCUGUCCCGCAGGUCGCGGUCGCGGUCCAGGUCCCGAAGUUGGUCGGUGGAAAUAG